CUUUUGUUUCGAGCAAUCAGCAAAAUGUAAAUGACCAUAAUUCCCGGAUUCUGAUAUAUAAAUCUACAUUUAUUUUGAGCAGAUAGGUAGACCUUGGAAAAAGACAUAAUGUCUGAACACAAAGGAAACCAGCAGUUAACAGGAUAUGAAGUAAACACAACUGUCGCUGAUCUUAAGAAAGAGAUGGCAGAUGGGACAAAACUCAGGGUUAGUCCACAAAGUUCUCCAAAAAGACUACAGAAGAAAGCCAGUAAAAAGUACUGGACUGUCCGAUUCUACAAUACAGAAGAAGCCGCGACAAAAUUGGACGGACUGUCACUAGCCAACUGUAACCCGACGUCAGAACAUGGUUCUGUAUCAGAGAGGAAGGAUUCAAAUCAAGACACUAGUCAACCAUUAUCAGACCAGCUCUCUGCAUCAGAAACAAACCCAGAGCUAACAACCAUUAUACAGGUCCCAGAGAGGAUGGCAUGUAAUUCCUGUGGUGUGGAGUUCCAGAGUAGACAAGAUCAGAAAGAGCACUUUAAAUCAGAUUGGCAUCGCUAUAACCUUCAGAGGAAACUCAAAGGAAAAACAAGUCUUAAAGAGGAAGAAUUUGAGGAUAUUUGUGGUUCCGUCUCAAGCAUCUCAGGUUCAGAUUCUGACUCGGAAAAUGAGGAGACCACUCCCCCCAAACUUCCCCGCCCCUUACAACUCAAGCAGCAAGACGAGGAUCUCAGCAGCUGUGACAGCGAGAGUGAAGUGGGCGGGGCCUCAGAGGGAGAAAUGGGUGGGGCAUCCAAUGAGAGCGCCAGGAAAUAUCCUAAAAUAUUCUUCCGUAAUUCGGAGGGUCUACUGGUGUCUGUGUACAGAUGUGUUGUACAUCAUAAAAAGGUCAAAGUUCAGAAUCAUUCAGAACUGGUUUCCCUGGUAAACAACAUUACACAGGAGAUGAAGUGGGCCGUUUUAAUGUGUGGAGGGGGUCAUUUUGCAGGAGCUGUUUUUGAUAAGGAGAAACUGAUCCUCCACAAGACGUUUCAUCGCUAUGUAGUGAGGGCUAAAAGGGGCACGGCACAGGGAACACGAGACAGUCAGGGAAAUGCCCCUAAGUCUGGUGGGGCCAGCAUAAGGAGACACAAUGAGGCAGCAUUAAAGGAGGAAAUCAAGUCAUUGUUGGAAUCUUGGAAAGGAGCGUUAGACAGCUGUGACAGAAUAUUCAUUAGGGCUGAAGGGGAAUUUAAAUUGUUAAAAUGAAGGGACAAGUCCCCUUACAAGGGGAGAUAAUCAAGAAAAGACAAAAACAAAAGAAUAUUUCUACACGGGAAGUCCCCACCCUUUAACAAAGACGACCAGAGAGUCCGAAUGAUUCCAUUUCCCACACGACGCCCCACUCUUAAUGAAACCAGAAGAGUGUUUGAAAUGUUAUCUUCCAUUGAGUGUUAUGGAGAAGAGGCAGAUAUCCAGAAUUAUGUUCCCAUUUCCCCACCUGUGACCUUUAAUGCAGCCCUGGGUCAGUUGGAGGUCGUCAAUAAGGACCCACAGAAGGGACGACAGAGAAGAUUGUCAGAAACCAGAAGAGUGUUUGAAAUUUUACCUCUGACACUAGUUCUAAAAAAUAAUGUAAAAGAGAAGGUUCUAUUGAGGGCACAACAAAUACAGGUCUUAGAAGAUGAGAUGCAGAAUGAAAAUCAGCCCUCCUCCUCUGGAGGGUCCACCACAAGUGAUGCUGAUCUUGUGGAAACCAUGGGGACACUGUCCACAUUAGAGCUGCAGGAGUUUGAAGCCACGAAGAAUCCAAACAGAAAGAAAAACAAAAACAGACGAAGGAGAUUGUCGAAACAUCAGCUGGAACCAGAGACAGACCCGUUAGAAGAGGAAAAAUAUCACCUGAAAAAUUCACUGUUUACAGCUUGUAAAACAGGAGAUAUAGAAACACUUAGAAAUUUAAUGGCUGUUUUCUCAAAGAGUGUUCCAAAAUUAGAAUCACCAGAAAAAAUUCCACAUGGGACAGAAAAAAAUUUUCAUACUAGCACUUUACAGCAUUGUCAAAAUAAUAGUGAAAAUAGUGAACUGACCUCUAAGAUAUAUAGUGAUUCAACGAAUUGUGAUGUACAAAACAUAAAUAGACUAGAGAAUUUAAAUGAAAAAGAGUCUAUUUCUUCUGUGAACUUAUCAGCACCUUCUGAAAAUUCAUCAGAAAAUCUGAUACAAAAAGAGCUUUUGCAAAGACCAUCAGGUAAAGCAGACAGUCGACCAGGAUCAUCAACUUCAGAGGAACUCUUGUCACCAAUAGAUACCAAUGACAUGCUAAAUGAAGCAAUAGGAGACAAUAAAUUGACUUUGUUACACAUUGCUGCUAAGGAGGGGCAUGGGAAAGUCAUCAAGAUACUAAUGGAGAGUGGUGCUAACCCAGCUGCAAGAGAUAAAUUUGGCCAGACUCCAUACAACCAUGGAAAAGAUAAGGAGACAAGGAAUGAAUUCAGGAAGUUUAUGGGCCGUUAUCCUGAUCGUUAUGAUUAUAAAACAGCACAGAUUCCAAGUGCAUUAACAGAUGAUAUGGAGCAAGAAAGAAAACAGAAAGCAGCAGAGAGGAAAAAAUUACAGAAAAAAGCCAAACAAGAGAGAAUGAAAGAAAAAAGGGAGGAAGAAGCUGUAAAAGAAGCAGAGGAAAGAGAGAAGAAAAGAUUCCUGGCUCUGUCGGAUAGAGAGAAGCGUGCCCUUGCAGCAGAGAAGAGGCUACUGAAAAACAUUGAGGGGACAGGGCAAAAAUCUCCAGUUUUGAGUCGCUGUUUCCAGUGUGGUGGGGAUAUGACGGGAAAAGUUCCAUUUGAAUAUUUCGAUUUCAAGUUCUGUUCACCCAAAUGUUUGAAACAGCACAGAAUGGAAGAGAAGAAGACAUAGUUUCCGCAAGCUUUUGCUGUAAAGAAAUCUCUCUGUUUAUAUGUCUUGUUUGUGUAUAUGCCUGUCUGUGAGUAAAGACUAAAAUAUAAAAAAUGGACUUCAAAAUUCUAGACCACGUUGUACAAUUACAGUAACUUGUCAAUAUCGUUUUUGAAUAUUGAUAUAUUUUUUUAUCAAUUAAAUAAAAAUUUCUAUAAUUUAUUUUUCAUUCAAAAUAAAGUGGUGUCAAGAAAGCGCCUGAUUUAAUUUUUCUGCAAUAUUUUU